GUCAGCUCCUGAAUUUGAUCGCUCCAUGGAUCUCCUCUUCUGGCCUCUGGUCUCAAGCAUCACUUCCCUAACUUAAGUCUUCUUCUCAUCUGACAAUAAAGCAGGCCAGGCUAUUGCUUCCUCAUAUCUAGAUAUAUAUAUUUAUUACAGUAAGUUCCUAAAUCUACAAGCCAACCCUCCUUUCCCCCAUGGAAACAACACCAAUCCCAGACAACCACACCACACAAAACCCCUUCACCCUCACCGCCAGCAGCUCCUCUUCCCCUCCAAUCCCCCCUUCCCCCAGCCGCUACGAAGCCCAAAAACGUCGGGACUGGAACACCUUCACUCAAUACUUAAAAAAUCACCGUCCUCCUCUCCCUCUCCCCCGCUGCAGUGGCGCUAACGUCCUCGAGUUCCUCCGCUAUUUAGACCAGUUCGGCAAAACCAAAUUCCACAACACCUCCUGCCCUUUCUUCGGCCAUCCCAACCCCCCCUCUCCAUGUCCUUGCCCUCUCCGCCAAGCUUGGGGCAGCCUUGACGCCCUCAUCGGCCGCCUCCGUGCAGCCUUCGAAGAGAACAGUGGCCGCCCAGAGUCGAACCCCUUCGGCGCCCGUGCUGUUCGGCUUUACCUCCGAGAAGUGCGCGAGAUGCAGUCGAAGGCGAGGGGCAUUAGCUACGACAAGAAGAAACGUCGCAAACAACCGCCGCCGCCGCCGCAGCAGCAGAAGCUGCCCUAAAUUAAUGGUCAACAACUCUCCAAAAGCAACUGGUGAAAAAGGGUUGCUGGUGCCAUUAUAUAUUGCACUUUGCUUUGAGUGACUUCGUCCAUUCAUGAUCAUCUAGGUUGCUUUCCUCAUCAUUUGGAAAAACUUUGGACUAGUAGUUUAUCUCAUAUUUAAAUCAGUACUAUGUGAGCUCUAGAAAAUUGUGAAGGUUGCUUUUGAUAGUUCUUCAUGUGGAUGCCUUUGA